AUGCAUGCGAGAUCGGCCAAGAAGCCCAGGGGGUCUUAUUCCUACGGCGGAUGUCAACGGUCCCAGGUUUCGAUGAGCACAGAGUUGAGGUCAACUUUCUCAAACAAGACUAUUGAUGAGUCUUUGUCAACUCUGGAGGCCAAGUCCAGAGAUACUGGUACACCCAACGAUGAGGCAGUCACGAUAGGUCCCUUUGGCGUGUUCAGCGUCGAGAGCAACACGACGACUUCAACUCCCGUUUCUGAUAUCACGACAAAGUACAAUUCAGAGGCCCAAGCGAAACAGCCUAACACUCCGGAAAACGCAGUUAGCCUCAGUCAUCAGCCCCUGUUAGCCGUGGACUCGAUGCUUAACACAGAUAAUCUCCUCGACUGGACGGAUCUGUUCGACCUGGACUCAAGCCCAUCUUGGUUUCCUGCUGAGUCUACAAUUGACAUUGAUGCUCUAAACGAACUUCCACAUACAGCUGCACUCCCUUCUUUCAAUAGUGACGCAAGCUGGGAAGGUGUGCAUCUGUCAAAUUUAGGCAUCAACUCUCUCGCUCCCUUGAAGCCCAAGACACCAAGGAUCGCCUUCUCAGAGUUGGUCACGGUUGAAGAUGCUCAGAUGCUGCUGAAGCACUAUAGCGACUGCAUGAUAACACAUAUAUGGUCUCUACCUCUUGGACAAAAAUCAUCCAUGGAUAUUCAUAUCGAUGCAGCAGUAACGACGCUGGCGAGACUAACCUUUAUCGCAAUCCGGCCCGUCUCCCAUGCCUCACUCUCUCACUUAUACGCUGUACUGGCAUUGUCUUCUAUGCACUUGGCGAAUGGGAAAAAGGAGAAAGAUGCAGAAUACUGGCAAAAGUUUGCUGAACGCCUUAACAAGGAGGCCCAGGAGACCCUGAGGUACUCGCUCCAGCAUGAAGUUUCCCCCAAAGCUGCGAAAUACAAGGACAUGUUACUCUCGAUCUCUUCCAUUCUAUCGUUUGCUAUCCUCUUCGAUAGACAGAAAGACGUAAAAUCCUAUCUUCUUGGGUCCGAGAAACUCGUUAGAACCUGUGGAUUAGCCAAGAAGAAGAUUUCUCGAAAGAUUAGUUAUCUUCACCACACCUACACCUGGUGCAAGAUUGUUGGUGAGAGCACAUACGUCUUACCAAACCCGGGCAACGCCGAUCCAGCUCUGGAUAUCUCUACCAAAGAUCAAGCACCUUGGAAGGAAACGCCAGGUAUAUUCUCUCAGAUUCCAUACACUGAUAAUCGUCAAUAUUGUUACAACACACGACUCGACGACUUUCUGGGACUCGAGCCGUUUCAGCAAGAGAUGGAUGCGGAAACGAUAUACUCCAGGGAGGGCGAGUCACCAUUGGAUUACAUUCCAUCAGAGGGCAGCCCUGGCAAAUCAGACUCGACACUUCGAUUUCUCUAUGGAGUAUCCGAGACCUGGCUGAGUCUUGUCUCGCAGACAACUCGGCUGGCUAACUAUAUGGAGAGAAUCUCUCAGUCCCGGGAAAAGCCUGACACUGCUUCUUUGGAAUCCCUGGAGAGUCACAAGAAGCACCUCGAGAACUUGGUCUGGACUUUUACGCAUAGCAACCCAUCACAGGUCGAGGAUUUGAACGACGCCUCUGAGAGUACCCCCCGAGCACAUCUCGUGAGGGCACUAAAUUAUGCCUUGAUCAUCUUCUUCUACCGUCGAAUUAAAGAAGUGAAUCCCGGUAUCCUUCAACAGCAUGUGGAUAACAUUGUCCGAGCUUUACAGGAGUUUGAUGCCGCCUGUGAGAGAGACGGCAUUGACGGUCCCGGCUCACCGUGGCCCGCGUACCUGGCUGGCUGCGAAGCGAUGGGUAGCUCUCAGAGGGAAUAUCUGUCGGGCUGGCUACAAAAGUCGUUUGAUAAAACUGGUUUUACGAGGUUCAGGACAAUCAUUUCUUGCAUGCAUGAGGUUUGGAGGCGCCAGGAAGAGGCGCUGGAGACAGGGAGACAGGAUUGGACUUGGGUUCAUGUUUCAAAAGAACAGAACUUGUAUGUCAUGUUGUGCUAA